GUCCCCCCCACCCCCCCUCCAGUGGGUUGGUCACGUGUCCUUGGGGAGCCUUUAGUUUGGGGACCACGUCGGUAGGGAGAGGGAGCGCGCCGCUGAGCACAGCCGAGUUGGACAGCAACAUCCUUAACAAGCGUUAAUGAUCCGGCGGCGGCGGAUCAACCAGAUCAGUUUUGUUCCGGGGCGUUGUCAUAUACACUCCACAGCGGUGUGUGAUACACAGAUCCGUAAGGCGCUGACACAGUGUAUGUGAUCCCUCAGUCACUCGUCAAAACUUCUGCGCUUACCAACUGUGAUCUUUACUGCGAGCGUCACGUUGUUGCCAUCCACUGCUACAAGUCGACACAAGGAGCUGUCAAGGCGGACCGAGUCCAUCAACGUCCACAGUGGUGCUGCUCUUUGCUAACUAGGCUGCCUCCAAGCCCACAGGUAAUUGGCCAGCUUCCGUGGGAUUUGAUGUCACCUUUAGAUUGGUUCAACUGAAGAUGGAAACACUGGAGUCUGAGCUGACCUGCCCUAUCUGCCUGGAGUUGUUUGAAGAUCCCCUGCUCUUGCCCUGUGCCCACAGUCUGUGCUUUAACUGUGCUCACCGCAUCUUGGUAUCUCACUGCUCCACCAGCAAGCCCCUUGAGUCUAUCUCGGCCUUUCAGUGCCCCACCUGUCGUUACGUCAUCACGCUGAAUCACCGCGGUCUGGAGGGCCUUAAGCGCAAUGUGACGCUGCAGAACAUUAUUGACCGCUUCCAAAAGGCCUCCCUUAGCGGCCCCAAUUCCCCCACCGAGAGCCGGCGCCUGCAGCCGCAGCGGCCCUACACCGCCACCAUUAGCGGUACAAUAGCUGGAACGAUUGGCGGCGGAGGUGGCACAAGUGGAAGUAGUGCCCGCGGCAGCCCGGCCACUUCCAGCCACUCCCACCCGCACGCCAACCACACCAAUCACGUCAACCACACCAACGCUAACCACAGCCCAGCUGUUGUUGCUAAAAUGGAUCCGCGCAUCAGCUGCCAGUUCUGUGAGCAGGAUCCGCCACGCGAGGCUGUCAAGACAUGCGUCACUUGUGAGGUGUCGUACUGUGACCGCUGUCUGCGUGCAACACACCCUAACAAGAAGCCGUUCACCAGCCACCGCCUGGUGGAGCCGGUGCCAGACACUCACAUUCGGGGCCUGACUUGUCUGGAGCAUGAGAAUGAGAAGGUUAACAUGUACUGCUUGGUGGAUGACCAGCUCAUUUGUGCCCUCUGCAAGCUGGUGGGACGCCACCGAGAGCACCAGGUCUCCUCACUCACUGAACGUUUUGACAAGCUCAAGGCUUAUCAGGUGAGCCCGGGCAGAGUGUCAGAUGCGGUAAUGGAGGCUUCAAAGACAAGCGCUGCGCAAACCCUGGAGAACAACCUGACCAACCUGGUGAAGAGGAACAGUGAACUCGAAAACCAAAUGGCAAAACUCAUCCAGAUCUGCCAACAGGUUGAGGUGAACACAGCCAUGCAUGAAGCUAAGCUAGUGGAGGAGUGUGAUGAGCUAGUGGAGAUCAUUCGCCAGAGAAAACAGGUCAUCGCUGUGAAGAUCAAAGAGUCCAAGGUGAUGAAAUUGCGCAAGCUGGCUCAACAGAUUGCAAACUGUCGCCAGUGUCUGGAGCGCUCCAGCGCCCUCAUCACACAAGCCGAGCAGAGCCUGAAGGAGAAUGACCACGCCCGCUUCCUCCAGACCGCCCGAAAUGUAGCAGAAAGGGUUGCCAUGGCGACGGCCUCCUCCCAGGUACUCAUCCCUGACGUCAACCUGAAUGAGGCAUUUGACAACUUUGCCCUGGAUUUCUCCCGAGAGAAGAAGAUUUUAGAAGGACUAGAUUACCUAACAGCUCCCAACGCGCCAUCCAUAAGAGACGAGCUGUGCACCGCCUCCCAUGACACCAUCACUGUUCACUGGACGUCCGAGGACGAGUUCAGUGUCACCUCCUAUGAGCUGCAGUACACCAUCUACACCGGCCAGACAAAUUUCAUCAGUUUGUACAACUCGGCAGACAGCUGGAUGAUCGUACCUAACAUCAAGCAGAACCACUACACGGUGCACGGCUUGCAGAGUGGCACCCGUUAUAUCUUCUUUGUCAAGGCUAUCAACCAGGCAGGAAGCCGCAACAGUGAGCCAGCCCGCCUGAAAACCAACAGUCAGCCCUUCAAGUUGGACCCAAAAACGGCUCACAAGAAGCUUCGUCUGUCCAACGACUGCCUGACCAUGGAGAAGGAUGAGAGCUCGCUGAAGAAGAGCCACACCCCAGAGCGUUUCAGCGGCACGGGCUCCUAUGGAGCAGCUGGUAAUGUCUUCAUUGAUAGUGGGUGCCACUACUGGGAGGUGCUGCUGGGAGCAUCCACAUGGUAUGCCAUUGGCGUUGCUUACAAAUCAGCCCCAAAAAACGAAUGGAGCGGCAAGAACUCAUCCUCAUGGGUGUUCUCACGCUGCAAUAACAACUUUAUGGUGCGCCAUGACGGCAAGGAGAUGCUGGUGGAGGCAAGCCUGCAGCUGAGGCGGCUGGGUGUCCUGCUGGACUAUGACAACAACUCACUGUCCUUCUAUGACGCCAUGAACUCCCAGCACAUUCACACCUUUGAAAUCUCCUUCCUCCUGCCCGUUGUACCUACUUUCAUGAUCUGGAACAAGUCAGUCAUGAUACUCUCAGGGCUACCCGUCCCCGACUUUGUCGAUGGUGUGGCCUCAGAUCUUCAAGAGCAGCAACAGCAGCAGAUGGGCCUAUGCCGACAAGAGUCUCCGUACUUGACCGGGAUGAAGACCUGCCACUGAGAAAGGUCCGCCGAUGGGUUAGGGUUAGGGUUAGAGUUACAGAGUCCACUCAGGCCCGGUGACUGAAAGGUUGACUGGGAGACAUUGACGGUGUGGCUGAGUUCUGCUCUAAUAUUCAUUACGAGUGGGCUAGUUGCUUUUUUAUGGCUUUAGAAAGUGAUGGAAAUAUGCACAUAAAUCUGGAAAAAUGUCAGUCCUGAUAGUUUGUAGCCAUCCAAUGCUUUUCAAAUCCAUCACUGAAUGGGAACAAGGUCUCUUGACUGUAAACGUCAGUGGCCAUAAAACUCAUCUGAUGCCCUGGAGGAGUCACUGGCGGAGAGAGCUUUCCUCUGUCAUGGGGCAGGGCAGGAUUCCUUGUUUUCUUGACCAUGUAAGGUCUUCCUUUUUGAUUUAUUUUCCUCUUGAUUUGACGCAAGGCAGAAGACCAAGGAGGGAAUAUUCUCAUUAUUUAGAGUUUGAAGUACAACAUGUGAACAGUGACAUUACUAAAUGUGUCAAACAACUGUAAAAGCAGAGGCUGCAAAAAAAAAAAAGAAUCUGUUGAUAAAAUUUUAGAUAUGAUGCAAUGAGCUGAAUUAACAGUUAAAGGAAUAGCAUAACAUUUUUGGGCAAUACACUUACUGAAAACAUUUAUUCUGUUAAAUGUGAAUGAGUUUUUACUGGGUGACCUAAAUACUACCAUCUUGCUAACACAAAUACAUGCUAUCUGUGGACCUUUUGUUUUGCAUCAAAAUCUUCUGGUGUCACUGUUCAUGUGUUGCACACUCAGUCGCUGCAAGUGGUCAUUGCUGAAGUCUUUUCCUUGGUCUUCCUCCUAGAUUUGACCCAGCAGCUUCCAAGUUUCAGGAAGUGUUAACGUUGCUCCCAGAUAUUAACAAGGUCGCAGGGGGUUAGAUUUGCAUCAUGUGACUACUCGACUUGUAUAAUAAGAGAUUUAUUGAAUACUAGAGGAAAAAGUGUUAUUUAUGACAAAAACAGAUGGUUUACUUUUAUUAUUAAUCUCAACAUAUUCUUGCACUUUUUAAUUAACACUAUUUCCCCUCUGUGAGUAUUUGAAUAGAUGGAGCUGAGUGGCAGGGUUGUAUUGGGGAGAGAAAGUGACAACUGGCACUACUGUUGGUUGUGUUCAGUCAUAUUUACAAAAUAAUUUAUGAUCAGUAAUUAAUGAUGGUUACCAGAUUAACCAUAAAAAUGUUUAUUGAAGUAAAAUACUUUUUUUCCACCUAAUUUGGUCACUCAAAGCACUUUGCAAUAAAACAGAAGUCUCUGCUGUAAAGUUAAAAAGGUUUUUUCUCUGUGCUUUGAACAUAACCAGCGACUUUCCCUCCCUAUUGGUCUUUUCAAUAGCAUAUAGUAAAUUCAUCUUCUUUAGAAAAGGGAUAUGAUUAUGAUGAUGUUUGUGCGAUUUUUAUCACAAUGAAAUGAUGCUAAACUAAUAGCUGUUUUAAAAAAAAAAAUCACUGUUUUCGACGAUUUCAGGGAAGGAGGGGUUAACACUUUAACUUGCUGUCUGUCGCAAUGUCAUGGCAUGAUUGUGUUUUCCUCUGUGAUUUGUUAACACGCGCGUGCAGACACACACACACACGCACACACACACAUACACACACACCAACACGUCAUGUUUCGUUUAGGUUGGCCUUGUCGUGGUAAUGCAUGAUACAUUGUAGGAUCUCACAACGGUUCACUUGCGUAAUUUACGUCGCGCUUUCAAGUUCACCAGAUCUUGUUUUCAUCAGAUACACACUCACCUGAACAGUUGCUUAAAACAGACUUGACCUCAGACUCUUCACUGUCACCCAUCACUAUUCAAAUAACAGCUGUAGCUGGAUCCAUUGCUUGCUUAUUAUUUGGAUUUGAAGGCCCAGUGUGGGUGGCAGUUUCUCUCUGGUUUGAUAUUCAGGUAGUGGCGCUGAUUCAGACAAUCAAAUAUGUAACAUAGUUUAUGCAGAUUCAAGAGGUUAUAGCAGGAAAAGUGGGAAGGGAUUGUGAUAAAGUGACACUUGAGGUUUUGUUGAAAAAAGCAGGUGAUUUGCAUACCAUCUUGUUAGAUUUGACAUGAAAAACUUGACACCUCAUAACCAUUUUUUACUCUCUUUACACAUCACCAGGUAUGUACUUGAUGUUGGAUGUCAUGUAACAUUUGUAUUGACGGGCUAUGAUUUGCGUGACUUGAAAAAACAGGCAUACCCUGCAACAUACACUGAUUUCAGUCAUUUGCUCGUAACCUAGGUUACGUACUGAUGCUUUAAAGCAAAGAUCCAGUGAUGUAAAACUCUCAGCUACAGGAAGGUAGUGAAAAUCUGACAUGUCAUGGCCUCCCAGUGUACCUUUCAACCUGUAGUGUUCAUUUAGGGCAAUUGUGUGACGCAUCCGUCAUGAUUAUUUGAUUGAGGUUUGACCAGGUGAUCCACUGGUCAAAGGUAACACAGUGGGAGCUCCAGUAUGAGAGGAAGGUUAUUUUUUAUGUCAGGGAGAUUAGUGAAUGUUAGCUGACUUCCAGAUAUCCACCCAUCUUGUUGAAUAAUGUCGGUCACAGGCUCGGCCAUGUGUUGAUUUGUGAUCCGGACUGACAAGCUCAACUCAUCUGUGCAAGUGUGCUUGGCUGGGUCACUGCAUGAUUAUGUGACCUUGCUGCAGGUUCAUAACUCUUUCCUUAUCUUCAUGAUGAGGUUUCUUAUCUCGAGUCGAGCAUAUUCUCUCUUUUUUUCCCAGAAAAGAAAAAAAAACAUGACAAGAAACGUUCGUUACCAUGCAUAUCAGAUCGUUUGCAGUGCUCUUUCUUUCUUUGUGUCACAAAUCAGUACAGUAAAAUAUAUACAGUGAAUGAUUUUCAAUAGCUACCCACUCCUUGUAGUGCAGUGUAAUACCCUAGAGACAAUGCAAUAGAUUCUCCUUUUUGCUUUUCUGUUUGUGUAACUUGGGAAAUUAUUUUUUACGACUCAAGAGAAACACGCUCCUCUCCUUUUGGCAUUUGGACCUUGAUAAACAGCACAAAAAGAGUAGCUUUGCUUUCAUGCAAGGCUUUCUGUUUCCAUAGAUAUAAUUUUAGCCAGAGAGGAAUGUAAAUCAUAGGGGAAAAUAUAUAUUAUAUAAAGUUGUAUAAUAUACAAAAUAUAUAUGAACCAAUGUUAUUUAUGUGAAUUUAAGUCCAAUUAAAAGUCUGAUCCCAGA